AUGUCCGCCCGAAUGAGCGGCGACUACGUCUCGUUCUCAGUAGGAGAGAACGGCAAGAAAUACGGCGUGGAUGCAAGGGUUUACUCGAAGGUCUCCCCAUCUCUGGGGGCAAUGCUCAAGGAAAAGUUGGCAGAAGCUACAGAGAGCGCUGCUGACUGGUCCUACGUGGACGUGCCCACCUUUGAGCGCUUCACGAUGUGGGUGAGGACAGGCCUUUACCUCCCGCCAGAGCCCAAGACCGAUCGCCGCAGGGACUUGGCAAAGCUGGGCCCUGAGCAUGGACCAGAGCACCCUCUGAGGGGCUUGGGCAAUUGGGGCGAGCGACUCGGGUCUUGUGCCUUCGAUUUCCAUGUCUGCCCGGACUGCAGAUCGACCGAGACGUCUAGGUCUGGUGAGGACCACUACAGGUGCUGGCACUGUCGAUCAGAGUUCGACCUGCAGUGUCAAAGCUGCAAUGCGCAAAUGUCGAAAGGGCUGCAGACGCUCGUGGGACAAUUCAUCGACGCCGUGGAGGUCAGAUACCCUUUCACCGGUCAUGUCAAGCUCUCAUGCCGCUGGAACAGGGACGCCACUGAAGACCACACAGAGGUCUUCCUGUGCCACGCCCACAUGUACAUCCUCGCUGAUGUCUGGGACAUUGAGAAGCUGCGCGAGCGCGCUCUAUAUGAGCUGCAUAUGGCUCUGACGCGUUUCAUUAUCUACCCAGCACGCAUUGGUGACUUGAUCACUCUCGCAGAAUAUGUCUUUGAUUACACCUUGCCCGAAGAUGCAAUGUAUCAGAUGCUGGUCAUGUACCUGAGCUGUAUUUGGGGGGAGAUCUCCCAUUUUCAAGGGCCGGACGUUAUUUUGGAUGAUCGCAAGGUAGCUCGAGGCAUUCUUGAGACAAUCGUAACGUUUAGCACUCCUGAAUGA